AUCUAUUUUAUUUUCAUUAAUUUUUACUCGAAUUCAAUUAGUUUUUUUUUUUAACUAUUCCUAAUAUUUUAUGAAAUCAUGAUUUUUAUGAUGAAUAUUUUUCAAAGAUGUAAAACUAUAAUUAAUUAUCAAUCGCCCAUCAAUGAAAUGUGUAUGGGUAUACUACCCCAAAGUCAACAAAUCAGAAAUAAGUGGCCUGAUCACAGAAUGAUCAAAGAUGCACGUAAAAGAAAUACUAUCAAAGAUUAUGGUGUUUAUAAAUUGAGGUAUAAUGCUAUUCGUAAAAAUGAUAUAAUUCCUUCAGAAAUUCAAGAAAUAGCAGAUAAAGAAAUUUAUAAUUGCCCAAAAGAUGCUAGCAUAGUUAGAAUUGUUCAACGUUGCCAAGUGACUUCUCGUCCAAGAGGUAAUGUUAAACGAUGGCGUUUAAGUCGAAUUAUAUUUAGACAUCUAGCAGAUUAUAACAAAUUAGCUGGAGUUCAAAGAGCAAUGUGGUAGUUCUUAAUAGGUGUUAUCUGAAAAAUAUUGUGUAAAGAAUUCAUACAGUUGUUAAUUGUUUUAAUUAUCAAAAAUAAUAAACUAAAUAAUAUAAACAUUAA